CGCCAUUGGUCCGGAACUCCGCAGUAACCAGGGGAACUGCAAACAGUGUAGGGGCCGCUUCCGGUUCGAGCACCCGGAACCACCGCCUCUAGGGAUGGAGGGUCAGACUGUGGGAAAGGCAGAGAGAAGCCGGUCCUGCUCACGGGAGAAAAAAGAGGCUUACACUGAGGAAAUGGGGACAGACUUCGAUGAGAGACAUGACGAGUAUUUAAUACUGCUUCAGCAGAGGAACCGGAUAUUAAGGCAUCUGAAAGCCAAGGACCCCGUGCAGUUGAGGCUGGAGCACUUGGAGCAAGGGUUCUCCGUCUACGUCAAUGGGGCCAACUCAGAGCUGAAGAUGUCCCCACGGAAAGCUGUUCAUGCAGACUUCUCCAGAAGCGCCUCACAGGCCGAGGGGACGCACGAUUAUGGACGAAGAACCCUGUUUCGAGAAGCCGAAGAAGCGUUAAGACGCAACUCUCGGACGGCACCCAGCAAGGUCCAGCGCCGAGGAUGGCAUCAGAAAUCCGUGCAGAUUAGAACAGAAGCUGGCCCACGCCUCCACAUCGAGCCUCCGCUGGACUAUUCAGAAGAUUUUGAGUCGUGUGGAGAUGUAACUGACAAAGCCAACGAGGCAUCUGGGGACUAUCCACAGGAGCUAAGGAAAAGCCUGGAUCUCAGCAUCAAUCUUCAGAGGAAACAAAAGGAUUGUUCUAGUGAUGAAUAUGAUUCUAUUGAAGAAGACGUCCUCCCUGAGCCUGAACCUGAGGACCAAGUGUCGAUGGGCCAUCCCACAGAUGACCCCCUUCUUUCCAGUGGGGACUCAGUACCAGAGGAUGUUCCCAAGGACCUGGAGCUAGAAGGACAGCCUCCCCAGGGCCCGGACACCCUAGUGGUGCUGGAAUUUAACCCAGCUUCCAAAAGACCUGGCAGCAGGCGAGAGAGGCCUCUGUCAGCAACCCGCAAAGCUGUGUGCACAACCGAGGACCGUGAGGAAGACGCCUCGGCCGUGCUUCGAGCUAUCCAGGUGGAGAAUGCCACCCUGCAGCAGGCCUUCCUCAGCAAGAAGGCUGAGAUACCUGCCAGCCCACUGCAGCAUGCAGAGGAACCACCAGCAAAACCGUGGGACAGUCUGCUGAAGGCCAAUGAGGAAAGCGUUGAGCUGCUCUCCACUGCCGCAGUGACCACCCCUCCAGAGCCAUCUAGGGCGGCCGUCAGUCAUGCCAUGGACAGAAUCGGACUUUUGGGAAACAGACAACAGCAGAAGCUUCUGGAAGUCCUACAGGCCAUCGAAAGCGACUCUGCCCAUCUCAACACAGCUGCACCAAUGGAGGAGCAAGUGCUGGACCCAGAGGACAAAUGGAGCAUGAGAACAGAAGAGGUCAAAGACGCCAUCUGUGUGACCAUGGAGAUCCUAUCCAACUGGGGCAAUGCAUCAUGGGUGGGGCUCACUGAGGUUGAGUUCUUCGACUUGAGCCACACAAAGCUUUACGUGUCACCUCAUGAUGUGGAUGUGUGGAACACCAUGUCACCUGGUGAGCUGGGCUGUCUCGUCAACAGGAGCUUAUCUAGCAAAGAGGACCUCUCCUUGUGGACCUGCCCCUUCCACCCGCCGCUCAAGCUCUUUUUCAUUAUCCGAAACACACGGCAGCUGCAGGACUUUGGUCUGGCCAAGAUCAAAGUUUGGAACUACUGGACAACUGAUGGGGACCUUGCCAUCGGUGCCAAAAACGUGAAGUUUUAUGUCAACAAAAGACUCGUCUUUGAUGGCAUGUUAGACAAAGGAGAUGAAGAGGCUCCCACUGGUCAUACCAUCCUAGCUGACCUACAGAACGAGAAGAAUGAAAGUACAGACAGUGCCACCCCCAGUGUGGCUGGUGUGAAUGGGGACGAAAACCUUGGUCUCAGAAGCUCACAGCCUGCUGAAGCUCUGGUGAAUGCCAAGAUCUCUUCUCAAGGAAAUUUCUUUGGUGAAAGGAUGAAUUCCACCAAUUGCAUGAAAGACAGUUUAUCUAAGUUAGAGGAAGAUGUAAGAUUGUUGGCAGCCCCUGCCUCAAUGGGCAAUGUGCCCAGUGUCACUUCCUCCUCCCCGCCUGUGAAACAUCCCCCUCUGGAAGAGGAGCCUUCUCUGGUCCAACAACUGGAAAACCUCACAGGCAGGAAAAUCUCUGAGGCACCUGGGAAAGCUCCGUGCUGGUUACAGCCUUCUCCCACAGGGAGAGGCAGGAAACCAGUGAACAAGAAGUCCAAACCCUUAUGGCUUAGUCAGAAGCCACUGGACCACAAGGGUAGGCUCCCGUCUGAUGGCAUCAUCAAUGUCAUUGGUGAGGGUGCUGGAGAGCCUGGUGAGGGAAGAGGUCACCGGAGGGAGCAAGGGCGAACGACCAGCUGGAAUGUCAUUGCCAGGGAGCAGCCCCAGAGGGUGACCGCCAAAGUCUGUAGUGAUGACUUAGAUAUCUUCAAGCAUCCCCCCAACAAGGAGCGCCCUGCCAAUGGGAGGAGGGGCUCAAGAAAGGAUGCUUUCAGAAAUUGUCAUGAUGACAACCAGCCAGCCAACAGAGAAGACACCCUGGCCACCAGGACAUCACCACGCCCAUGGUGGCGCAGUGAGCAGGAGUACACGCUGCACGAGUCGUGGGACUCUCUCAGUGCCUUUGAUCGUUCCCACCGAGGCCGCAUCUCCAACCUGGAGUUUCAGGGGGACAUCCUGGACGAGUUCCUGCAGCAGCAGAGGGGCAGCCGGCUCAGCGACCAGCCGCCCUCCUGGAGGGAAGAGGAGCUGGAGGCAGAGCCAUCACAAGGGCAGGGUGACUGCUCUGGAGAGAAAGACAUCAGCGAUGACUUUAAAAUCCCUGUCUUGCCUUAUGGGCAGCACUUGGUUAUUGACAUCAAGUCUACAUGGGGGGACAGACACUAUGUUGGCCUGAAUGGAAUAGAGAUAUUCAGUUCGAAGGGGGAGCCAGUGCAAAUUGCAAACAUUAAAGCAGAGCCUCCCGACAUCAACAUCUUGCCAGCUUAUGGGAAGGACCCCCGAGUGGUCACCAACCUCAUUGAUGGGGUGAACAGGACCCAGGAUGACAUGCACGUCUGGCUGGCCCCCUUCACACCCGGCAAGUCCCACUCCAUCUCCAUUGACUUCGCGCACCCUUGCCAGGUUGCCCUGAUCAGGAUUUGGAAUUACAAUAAAUCCCGGAUCCACUCCUUCCGCGGUGUGAAGGACAUCACCAUGCUGUUAGACGCACAGCGCAUCUUUGAAGGGGAGAUUGCCAAGGCCUUGGGAACCCUGACCGGAGCCCCAGAGCACUUUGGAGACACCAUCUUAUUCACGACUGAUGAGGACAUCCUGGAGGCCAUCUUCUGUUCUGAUGAGAUGUUCAACGUGGAUGUGGAGAGCCUGUGUAGCCUGCAGCUCGGGGAGGCUCUGAGGAGGCCCAGCACAACCGACAGCGAGGGCCACGAACGGCCCUUCACCCAGGCCGGCUCCAGUGCCGAUGACAUGACCCCAGGGCUGGAGCUGCCACCCAGUCCCCUGGUCCCUGAAGUCACCACGCCAGAGCCCGGCAUAUACCAUGGGAUCUGCCUUCGGCUAAACUUCACUGCCUCCUGGGGAGACCAGCAUUACCUGGGACUCACUGGCCUGGAAGUGGUGGGCAGGGACGGCCAGGCUCUGCCCAUCCACCUGCACCAGCUGUCAGCCUCCCCCAGAGACCUAAAUGACCUCCCCGAGUACACGGACGACUCCCGGACCCUGGACAAGUUGAUCGAUGGCACCAACAUCACCAUGGAGGAUGAGCAUAUGUGGCUGAUCCCUUUCUCACCAGGGCUAGACCACGUGGUCACCAUCCACUUUGACAGAGCAGAGAGCAUCGCAGGUCUGCGCUUCUGGAACUACAAUAAAUCUCCCGAGGACACCUAUCGAGGGGCCAAGAUCGUCCAUGUGUCCCUGGAUGGCCUGUGCGUCUCCCCUGCAGAAGGCUUCCUCAUCCGGAAGGGGCCGGGCAGCUGCCACUUUGAUUUUGCUCAAGAGAUCCUCUUUGUGGACCACCUACAAGCCCGGCUGCCACCCCCACCAGCCCGGAGGCUCAACUCGAAAAGCCUGGAGUGCGCCAGCAUGGACUAUGAGGCCCCACUGAUGCCCUGUGGCUUCAUUUUUCAGUUUCAGCUGCUGACCAGCUGGGGUGACCCUUACUACAUUGGCCUCACUGGGCUGGAGCUGUAUGAUCAGCAUGGAGAGAAAAUCCCAUUGUCGGAAAACAAUAUCGCUGCCUUCCCAGACAGUGUGAAUGUGCUGGAGGGCGUAUGUGGGGAUGUGCGGACCCCUGACAAGCUCAUCGACCAAGUGAACAACACUAGCGACGGCAGGCACAUGUGGCUGGCACCCAUCCUGCCAGGCCUGGUAAACCGGGUCUAUGUGAUUUUCGACCUGCCCACCACGGUGUCAAUGAUCAAACUGUGGAAUUACGCGAAAACACCCCAUCGCGGGGUGAAGGAGUUUGGCCUCCUGGUGGAUGACUUGCUGGUAUACAACGGCAUCGUGGCCAUGGUGAACCACCUGGUAGGAGGCAUCCUGCCCACGUGUGAGCCCACGGUGCCCUACCACACCAUCCUCUUCACCGAGGACACGGACCUCUGUCUCCAGGAGAAGCACACCACCACCAGUAGUCAGGUGGAGGAUCAGGACGUCCAGAUGGUGAACGAAAACCAAAUCAUUACCAACUCCAGAAGGAAGCCAAGUGCCGCUGACCCAGCCCUACGCCCCAAAACCUGCAUAAGCGAGAAGGAGCCAGCCAGGCAGCGGCGGUGCUGACAUGUGGCUUGGAGAGCCACCCCCACCCC